AUGAAUAAAAGCAUCUCUAAAGAUUUCAAAUACAUUCAAAGCCCUUCAGGGCUCUCUGAUCUAUUCUCCGAAGGUGAAGUCAUUAGCCAAAAUAUAGAAUUUGUAUCUGUGCUGACCGGCAUCGACUUUGAUCCAAAAUCAAGAUGUCUUCUACUUUUCAAGAAUUUCCAUAACAGCGAAAAGUCUGAAGCAGAUUACAUUGGUAGAAUAACCUGCAAUACGCCAGACACGUUGAAUCUCACCAAAAUGACCUUGUCUUUGUUCUCACAACAGUUUGAUUUCGAUUUUCCGGAACUGGACAACGAGAGCGGCUUUACAAUGGAUGAUGUGCACCUGGAGAAGUUAUGCUUCGUGUUUUGCAAGGGCACUUUUAUCAGCUGUGGUGAUAAAGGAGGCAUUUUUCUACAAGGUCUGCGAGCCAUUGACCUUCAUGCAUCUUUAUUUAACGCUACAGAAGAGGAUAAAAAAACACUAGUUUAUGAAUCAACCAGAACCAUAUUUGACAAUCUUGUCAAAAUCAACAGUAACUCUAAAGAGCUGUUCAAAUUUGUAAAACUACAAAACUUAACGAAUGAAAUGCGACAGUACUUUCAAGCUCGCCAAGAAAGCAUUUCAAUUUGGAAAGAAAAGAACCCUAUAUUUGGACUCUCGCGGUUCCACGACGAUUGCGACUCUUUGAAUGAUUUCGACUCUCAAGCUCCCGAUACCAAUCCCACCUUCAAUUCACAGCAGUAUUGUGGCCCUUCGAAGACGGCAAUACAUACUCGUGAGAAAUCUUCCAAUUCACACAGCAGCGAUAGCAUUCAAAGAUCAGAAUUAACACACCAUACAAAAUCGAUUGAAAAAACUACCGAAGCAAGAGCCAUAGAGCGAGACCCGAUAUCACCGCGUGAUAUCGUAUCUGUUCAUACAGCAGGCUUACACAAUAACUCUGAAGAUAUCUCGCUCUGUGUAAAAAAAUCUGAUUCUUCUGUCAUCAACAUGGCAAGAGAAGAUUCACUCAUUGACUCUGAUGAUUCAGUCCUUUCAAACAGAUCCAUGGACACACAACCUGUCGAUAAGCGAAGGCAUUCAAAAGUCAGUCAUGCUCAACCCACGGUUAAAAAGAUACGAACGUCUGAACCAAAGAAAAUCUACCAACAGCAUGCAACAGACGUAAUAUCUUCCGCUUCAUCAGAUGAAGUAGUGACAUUAGAAGGUAAAAUAGUCGGCGUACGGAUCAAUCAUAUUUCUACACCCCCGAGCGUUGCGAUAUAUUGUCAAGCGGAUUCGAUGAGAGUGGCUGAUAAUUCUGGCCUUCUGUGUGUUAACAACAACUGUAUUGAGAUUAUGGCAAAUGUCACAGAUAACAUCAAAUGUAACACAACUCUUCUAGAGGCCAGCACCUCAACUGAACUUCUACGGGUUCUUCGUAGCCACAUUGAAGACAAAUUUGCUAGCAUUACAGUGAAAAAAACGCCUGUUAUUUUAGCUAAUGGCUAUUUCACUUUCUCACUUUCAUUGCGCUCUUUGCGCGUGGAGCCAUCUGCAAUUACCAGCCACUACUCUAGAAUCACGCCACGAUCAAGCCAAGUAGUAGUGUCUAGCUGUGAAUCGUCUCAGGAAUUAUUGGAUCCCCUCAAGACAUUUUCAGAAAUCUCAGUUACUGGGAACCAAGUAGAAUUCAUCAGGACUUUUGGGCUUCUUGUCAGUGCCAAAAGCUUUGGUCGGAAAAUGACCAAAUUUGUCUUUACCGAUUUCACAUCACACCAUCAGAACAAAUUAUCAGCUUUUGACUCUUUCUUGGGCUCGUACACAGACCGCCUGCCUCAAGACAUGGCCUUUCCGUUCGUGAUUUACAAUGACCAUUACUCUGUUUUUGCCCGCCAGAUAAAGCAGAAAACUGGCAUUGCAUUAACGGAUUGUUUCAACGGCAAUGACAAUAAUUUGACCCCCCAUGGAAUUGUUUGCCGGUUGGAAGUAAAGGUUAAGAUUUAUGCUGGAGGUAUUGACGGCAUUAUACGGACUUGUGAACCUAUAAUAAAUGGAGAUGCCACUUUGAGAGCCGACGAAAAGGCGUUUUUGGAUUGCUUCUACAGAAGAUCCAUUGAGAAAAUUCCACAGUAUCUUUUAGUGAGUAGGUUCAACAGUUACGAAAUGUUUUUUCCUAUUACCAUGUUCCGCGAUCUCGUUGUUUUGGAGGGCGAAAGUGUCCACGAUACAUGUAGCACGGUUUCGACUCCCCGUAUGCCUGGUGAACUAGAGCCCAUUCCCUUUCGGGCAUACCCCACAUUGAGGCUUGAUGGUGGCCAGUUCACUGUUGUUCGCGAUCUAGACGUAGCCGCACUCCACUCGAUCAACAAGCUAAGUAACACCGUGCUAUACCAGGUCAGGGCCAAAGUUGUUGGCGUCUUCCAGAGUAAGGAUUGGCUGGUUUUUUAUUUGACCAACGACUUGAUUUCGCAAGACAUGCUGGACCCUAAGCGAAUUUUACUACUCGACAUUCCCGGUGCCGAAAACGUUGCAUAUUUUCUCGGGUGCAGCAACUCUCAAACUGUCAGUGGGCCUUUGAGAACCCAUUUGCACUCGCUGAUAGUUGGUCAAGAAUUUACUUUUCGCCUCUCUGCCUUCGGCAUUCCCGUCAGCCCGCACAGAGACUUACGAGCGUGGUAUCCAGUUGAAUGCACUAUUCAAGAGAUGGAGGCCGAGCUGGCUGCUCGUGCAGUUGGUGUCUCAGUGAGCGUUAAGCAAGAAGAUAUGGCCGUUGGGUGA